UAUAACUUACAUGAUUUUGAUAACCUGCUCAACCAACGAUUGACUGCUCCAGUCUGAGUGGAGCCGGUGUGUUACAACUAGUGUAGCUAAUAGAGAACUAUAGCGCUGUAAGAGAGUUAAACGGGGAGUUUUAUCAGUUUUUGGGUGUUUGUCGUGGAUUUUCUUGAAUUUGUGAAGUUAAUCUUAAAUUACUGGGCUAUUUUACCGUCAGUACAGACUUAGACAGUAACUUUCUCUUCGUUAACCGAAAGAAUGAGUCUUGUAGAGAUCAGCGAGAAUGUAAAGCUGGCCAGAGAGUACGCCCUGCUGGGUAACUACAGCUCGGCUGUGGUUUGCUACGAGGGAGUGCUGGAGCAGAUCAAGAAAUACUUAUAUUCAGUGCGAGACUCUUCUUUACAGCAGAAAUGGCAACAGGUAUGGCAAGAGAUCAGCGAGGAAAGAAAGCACGUGAGGGACAUCAUGAGGACACUGGAGAGUUUCCAGUUGGAGGCUGCCCCGUCAAAGCCGAGCAGUUUCAGCCAAGAGGAUGAUUUUAUGCCUGCCCAGGUGGAACAUAGGCCAUCUGCGGUUCGGCGGGCUCCAGUGCCAUACAGAGAAGGUAAAGCACAUGGCAACCGAAUAAGUGUUGGACCUCGCUCUCAGCACCGACAGUCACCACGUGUCCAAAACGGAGACCGAGCAAAACCUCCAAAGGGCAAGGAGAAGAAAGACAAUGGGUCCAAACCCAAAGAAGACAAGAGCAAACUGGUUGCCUCAGAGACAGAAGUAAAAAAGUUUGACAGAGGCGGAGAAGACAAAGAUCUGAUCGAGACAUUGGAGCGAGACAUCAUCUCCCAGAACCCAAACGUAAAGUGGGAUGAUAUUGCAGAUCUGGAGGAAGCAAAGAAGCUACUGAAGGAAGCAGUGGUUCUGCCCAUGUGGAUGCCAGAGUUCUUUAAGGGAAUCAGAAGACCAUGGAAGGGUGUGUUGAUGGUGGGGCCCCCUGGUACUGGAAAGACUCUGCUGGCAAAAGCUGUAGCAACAGAAUGCAGGACCACUUUCUUCAAUGUUUCUUCCUCCACCCUCACCUCUAAAUACAGAGGGGAGUCUGAGAAGCUUGUGCGUCUCCUGUUUGAAAUGGCACGAUUUUACGCUCCAACCACCAUAUUUAUUGAUGAGAUUGACUCCAUGUGCAGCCGCAGAGGAACAUCAGAAGAGCAUGAAGCCAGCCGAAGAGUCAAAGCUGAACUGCUUGUACAAAUGGAUGGUGUUGGAGGAACAUCAGAAAAUGACCCAUCUAAAAUGGUGAUGGUUCUGGCAGCCACUAACUUUCCUUGGGACAUUGAUGAAGCUUUGAGACGACGACUAGAAAAAAGAAUCUAUAUCCCUCUGCCCUCAGCCAAGGGUCGUGUUGACCUUCUAAAGAUAAAUCUAAAAGAGCUAGAGUUGGCUAAUGAUGUGGACAUGGACAAGAUUGCUGAGCAGAUGGAAGGCUAUUCAGGUGCUGACAUCACUAAUGUCUGCAGGGAUGCUUCCUUGAUGGCGAUGAGGCGGCGGAUCGAAGGAUUGACCCCGGAGGAGAUCCGCAACAUUUCCAGAGAGGAGAUGCACAUGCCUACAACCAUGGAGGACUUUGAGACAGCUCUGAAGAAAGUGUCCAAGUCUGUGUCUGCUGCUGAUCUGGAGAAAUACGAGAAGUGGAUUGCAGAAUUUGGCUCUUGCUGACCAAUCCUGUUCUUACUUAUGGAGUAAAAUUGGGAUUCUGAAGGUAAUAGUUUAAAUUUUAGCACUUUGAAAUAGUAUGGGUCAAAUUCUGGUUUCACUGGUGAAUUAUCAUGUAGUUUCCAGGCUUAGUGGGGACUUCCUUGUCUAGCGGUGUCUGUAAUCACAGCUUGUGGACCAGUUGCAUCUAAAAUAUCUUGGAGGAAAAGUGUUUCUCUAGGUUACAUUCCAUUGAAAUAGUGUGUUUGUUCAAACCUGUAAAGUAAAACCUGAUUCGUUUAUUUAGAGAAUUAGGAGAGUGCCUCUUUAGAUGCAUUUGUGAACAUUUCUUGAAUUGCCUUAAGUUUAAAUCAUGAUGUUUAGUGCUAGAAAACCUUGCCAGUUUUUCCAAAGAUUUUAUAUUUAAAAACAAAUGAGUAUUCAGGACAUUAGACAAGCCCCUCCACCCUUGUCCUGGAGGCACACUGCCCUGCAUUUUGUAGUGAUUAUACUGCUCCAAACACACCUGAUACAAUCAGCCCAAUAUUGGCUUAAAAUGAGUGUGUUAAUUGUGUUAAAGUAGACAAAGCUCUAAAAUGUGCAGGCCAGUGAGCACCAAUUACCAAGGGUAAAUGGCAACAGUAGCUGCAUCCCAAAGUUUAAGCUGCAGCCAUGGUGGCUGCAUUUCUCAGCUGCUGCAAUAUAGAAGGCUCUUCUGACAUAAAGGACGCUUCUUAUACUGCCAAUGUUCAGAGUGAUUUUUGAGGAUACAACUGAUGUAUCCUUCAAAGCUGCCAGUUACCCACAAUUCUCUGCUCAACUAAAAUGCUAAUGAAAAAACAGAACAAUGAAAACUGAUAAAAACUAGUAAAUAUUGAAGCUUCUUGUAGCAGUGUUUAUUUUUUAAUUAUUUAUAAAUUAUUUCAGUGAAGACAAAAACACACUUUAUGCUGCCAUCUCACCACAAAGCCUUGUUCCACUAUUGUAUAGUUUUGACCAGUCGGAUAAUGAGAGACUAUUUAGUGAACUGUCGCACAGAGGACUUGCCCGACAUUGGCUGCAACAUUUGACUUGGGAACACAAUACUAUUGUAGAUGACUGCCUGUGAAUCCUGAUGUACCAAAAAUGAUAAUCAUAAAUGCUUCAUUAUUAGAUAUUUUCUAUUUAUAAAAUUAUUGUGCCAGGAAAUGUAAAGCUUUAUUUCUAUACACUACAGCAGAAUGUUUUUUUUUUUUUGCAGUGAAUGAGCUAUGCAACUUUGUUUGCCAAUUAGUGAUUUUAAUCUAGCCAAAAUAGUAAAGGCCAACCAUUGUGAGGUGUUUGUCUUUUGAGUCUGUGUCCGUUAAGUUUCCAUGUUUUUCAUUUUGUGGACAUCUGUGUAAAAAUGUGUUAAAAAUUCUUGAUAAUAGUUAAUAAAGUUUUUUUGUAUUAUGGAAAAAUAA